AUGGCCGACCGUUUCCCUUCACUCGAGGACUUCGAUUCCGGGGCGCAAACCGAUAUCAAGGACCCUACUGCUGAGCCCUCAACCGAUGAUUUCCUCGCCCGCGAGAAGGCCCUUCUGGGAGAUGAUGCAGACCAGUUCGCGACCAACGAUGACGCUGCUGCCUUCGCUAGUAACGAUGAUGACCUUCUCGGCGGCGCUGGUAAUAACGAGCAGUCCACUUUCGAAUCCCAGUUCCCUGACCUGACUAACCCUGAGGCUGGUACUGGUGUCUCCGGUGGAACCGCCAUUACAGGAGGACCUUCCGUGAGCUACAACUCCGGAUAUCAGGCUUUCGCCGAGGAAGAGGAAGAGCCCGAGGUCGUCAAGGAGUGGCGGGAGCGUCGUGACAACCAGGUUGCCAAGCGCGCUGAACAAUUCGCUGCGCAGCGAGAAGAGACCAUCAAGGAGGCACAGCAGAACAUCGAUGACUUCUACGAGAACUACAACAACAAGAAGGAGAAGGGCAUCGCGCAAACACGAAAGGAAGCCGAAGAGUUCUUGGCAAGCCGAGAGGACACCGUCUCUGGUGGCACCAGCUGGGACCGAAUCGCCAAGUUGGUGGAUGUCAGCGGUAAGGGCGCCAAGGGAGGUGCCUCUGGAUCUGGCAAGGAGCGAUUCCGAGAGUUGCUAGUCAGCCUACGAAAGGACGAAAAGGCGCCUGGCGCUACAGGCUAUUAG